AUGUCGCGCGUGCAGGAGCUGCACUCUGAGGACGAGUGGGCGACGGCGCUGCAGCAGAGCAAGGGGUUCGGCGGCAAGGCGGUGGUGGUCGAUUUUAGCGCCACAUGGUGCGGCCCAUGCCAGGCCAUCGGGCCGGUGUUUGAGAAGCUUUCCACAGAGUUCACUACAGUGAAGUUCGUCAAGGUGGAUGUGGACGAGCUGCAGGAGGUGGCGGGCAACUGCGGCGUGCGCGCCAUGCCCACCUUCCAGGCGAGCAACAACUGA